ACUUCUUAACCUGCCCGCUUGACCUGACAAAGAAACAAACAAUGAAACAAAGAGAAAAAGAUAGACAUUAAACACACCCCACCCGACAGACACGCACACGAAUUUCUCCUUCUGAUCUAAAUAAUAAUCCUCGUUUUUUUGGUUGCUAAUAUUAAACUCCCAAUAUCAAUCUCAAUCUAAAUCUCAAUCUCCCUCCAAAUCCUCUCAUAAACACAUAAAAAGUUUUCCCAGAAACCAAACAACGUACUACAGACAAUUUAAUUUCAAAAAAUUUUGAUGGGUGGGUUGCGGGAGAGGGUGAAGGGGUUGGUGAGCAACAGAUGGCUGGUUUUCGUGGCGGCAAUGUGGCUGCAAUCGGUGGCGGGGGUCGGCUACUUGUUCGGCAGCAUUUCUCCGGUGAUCAAGAGCUCUCUCAACUACAACCAAAGGCAGGUCUCCAGGCUCGGUGUCGCCAAGGACCUCGGUGACAGCGUCGGCUUCUUCGCCGGCAGUCUCUGCGAGUUCUUGCCUCUCUGGGCCGCUCUUUUCGUCGGCGCUCUCAAGAACUUCGUCGGCUACGGCUGGGUUUGGCUCAUCGUCACUGGUCGAGCUCCCGUUUUGCCUCUCUGGGCUAUGUGUAUCCUUAUAUUUGUGGGGACAAAUGGUGAGACCUACUUCAAUACGGCUGCUCUGGUUUCCUGUGUGCAAAACUUUCCAAAAAGCCGGGGUCCUGUGGUCGGAAUCCUGAAGGGCUUUGCUGGAUUAAGUGGUGCAAUUCUGACUCAGAUAUACACGUUGAUCCAUCAACCGGACCAUGCUAAUAUAAUUUUCAUGGUUGCGGUCGGUCCUGCCAUGGUGGCUAUUGCUUUAAUGUUUUUAGUCCGACCCGUUGAAGGUCAUAGACAAGUCCGGCCAACUGAUGGCUUGAGCUUCACAUUUAUCUACAGCGUGUGCCUUCUGUUGGCAGCUUAUUUGAUGGGAGUCAUGCUCGUUCAAGAUCUAGUUACCGUGAACCAUACUGUGAUUACAAUUUUUACGGUGAUCUUAUUCGUCAUCAUCCUUGUUCCUAUUGUGAUUCCCAUAGUGUUAAGCUUCUCGCCAGAGCCAAGACUUCCAGAAGAAGAGGCACUCCUAGCCGAGCCACAGAAAGAGGAACCAAGGAAAUCUGAGACGAAUUUGCCCGAGGUAAUAUUCAGUGAAGUAGAGAGUGAAGUGGAGGAUGAGAGAGCUAAGGGAGUAGACUUGCUUCCAGCAUCAGAAAGGCACAAACGAAUCGCGCAAUUGCAAACGAAAUUACUUCAAGCAGCUGCUGAAGGAGCAGUGAGGGUCAAGAGGAGGAGAGGUCCUCAUAGAGGGGAGAAUUUCACCCUGAUGCAGGCUUUGAUUAAAGCAGACUUUUGGCUUAUUUUUGUCUCACUUCUUUUAGGUUCUGGGUCUGGUUUGACUGUGAUCGAUAACCUUGGUCAGAUAAGCCAAUCUCUCAGAUAUGACAAUCAGCAUAUAUUUGUUUCCAUGAUCAGUAUUUGGAACUUUCUAGGCCGUGUUGGGGGUGGUUACUUCUCUGAGAUUGUAGUGAGGGAAUAUGCUUAUCCCAGACCCGUGGCAAUGGCUGUAGCGCAGCUCGUUAUGGCAUUUGGGCAUGUCUAUGUUGCUUUCGCGCUCCCUGGGGCGUUGUAUGUCGGUACUGUGCUAAUUGGUCUCGGCUACGGGGCUCACUGGGCCAUCGUGCCAGCUGCUGCUUCUGAAUUGUUUGGCUUGAAAAACUUUGGCGCGUUAUACAAUUUCAUCACAAUGGCAAACCCUGCCGGUAGUCUUGUCUUCUCUAGCCUGAUUGCUAGUUCUAUAUAUGACCGUGAAGCAGAGAAACAAGCUCACCAACACAACAGCCAGUGGCACUACAGAGGAUCAAUCUUCUCAGCCAUGUUCAGCGCAGAGGAACCACCGAAGUGUGAAGGUGCCAUAUGCUUCUUCCUUACUUUGGUAAUAAUGUCUGGAUUCUGCUUGGUUGCUGUUGCCUUGAGCUUGAUUCUUGUCUUUAGGACUAAGAGUGUAUAUGCCUAUCUCUAUGGAAAGUCCAGCACAUCGACAAAUUCGUAGCUGCCACACCCCAUUUUAACGUUUGUGGAGUUUGUAUAAUUUAUGUUUUGUCCAGAAUUUUUUUCCCACGUUUUUCUUAAGAUGUAUCAAAGAAUGAUGGGAAGGCUAGAAUAGUUUUAAGAAGUUUCCCUCAGGAGCAAGAAACAGAAACCAAUUUGGUUUUCUCCGUUCGAUAUAGUCACCAUCUUUAAGACUACAUAAAGUUGAAUUUGUUGUAUUUUUUUCCAGUUACAGAUUUGUUUCUUCAAUGGCAUGAAACAUUUUGGAUUUCUGUCAGUUUUAUCCACUAUUCUCAUCGAGUGAAUAAGAAAGUAGUGUGAUUUUG